CCCCUCACGCUGGUUUUGUCACUUGUUUUUCAGCUCCAUUUUUCUCUUAUUUGUGCUGGACUAACAUCACAUAUUUUCCUCUGCAUGUCUCCUCCACCCACGGCUCCUCCUCUCACACACACACACACACCCACCCACCGCAGUUUCUAAUUGGGCUUCAUUACCAUUUCCUUUCAGUUUUUCCCAGCAGGACUCUCUGAUCAGGAGGAACAGCUUUCACUGGUCACACAUAUACGAACAUCACCGUCGUCGUCAUCAUCAUCCUCAUCAGAAGCAGCAGAACUUCAAGACUUCAGUGCAUCAUCUGCCUUGAGACUGCAAUGACCUCACUCAGACUCUUGUCCCUGUUCCCCUCCCUCCUCGUCCUACAAGUCCAUCUUUCCAACCAGUUAGAGGACAAUAAGAUCCCCCCCAGUCUGUGUACUGGCCACCCUGGUAUCCCAGGCUCUCCUGGGGUUCAUGGCAGUCCUGGUCAGCCAGGGAGAGAUGGGAGGGAUGGGAGGGAUGCUGCUCCUGGGGAAAAGGGGGAGAGAGGGGAGAGAGGGGCCCCAGGUGAGACAGGAGUGCGAGGCCUGACUGGAGACAGGGGUGACCCUGGAGAAAAGGGGGAAAGGGGGCAGCCGGGCGAGUGUGCAGUGGCUCCUAAAUCCGCCUUCAGUGUCAAACUCUCUCAGGGCCAAACCUCGCCCCUGAAUGUGGGCGACGCAGUCCGCUUUGACACCAUCCUGAUCAAUGAACAGGGCGACUACAACUCAGAGACGGGACGCUUCACUUGCAAAGUCCCUGGAGUCUACUACUUUGCCGUCCACGCCACGGUGUACCGCGCCAGCCUGCAGUUCGACCUGAUGAAGAACGGACACGCUGUGGCUUCUUAUUUUCAGUUUUAUGGCAACUGGCCCAAACCAGCAUCUCUUUCAGGCGGCUCCCUGCUUCACCUCAUCCCCGGCGAUCAGGUGUGGGUGCAGAUGGCUCUCUCAGAGUACAAUGGAUUUUACUCCAGCACCAAGACAGACAGCAGCUUCACCGGCUUCUUGGUGUACUCGGACUGGAAAAACUCUGCUGUGUUUGCCUGACAUGUGCCGCUUUUAUUUCCUUACUGAGACAUUCUGGACAGACAAGUGAAUCAUCCGUGACACGAUACAGCUGUAUUUGUGUAAUAAAUAAAGAACACACCAGGCAAUGUAACCCGAAUAGCACAUGGUGUACUGAGGCGCACACAAUGAACGGUACAGUUUACUCUGUGUCUGUUCUGCACUUUCAGCUUUUAAACUGCUGACAGUUAAUUCUUCUAACAGAUGUCAGGCCACAAAUUCUCAAACAGCCUUUAUGCCACUGUUCUAUUGCAUUUUGUUUUAGUGUCUACAGCUCUAACGCGAGACAUUAAUACAUUUUUAGACUUUUGAAAACACACUAGACUGAAGUAUGUCUCUGGCCAUGAAUGAAAGUGGAUCAGGCAUUAGGCUGGAGCUGCACAGUUAACUCCAAACAGGAAAGUCGAGACUCUUUCUGAUAACAUCCCUGCCUGAUUUUAAGAGGGAAAAGAACUCAAAUACUUCACUGAAGACAAAGUGCAAAUGGAAAACAGUAAAACUACCCCUGAUACUGCUAUUUAAAAAAAGCAAUGCAUGAGAAUGAUUUGAAAAAUAUACUCUUAUAAAUGUGUUAAAAGCCCUCGUUCUGCUGUGGAUGUAAUCUAGUGUAAGAUAAUAGGGCUAGUAAUAAUUAUAAAUGAAUGGAAAAUCUGGAACCUGUUUUAACUACUUUAUUUACAGUCUAUUCCCUCAUUAAUAGUUGCAAAUAAAUGUAUGAGGUUGUGGGAUGUUUCAAGAAGGUCAAAAAUACAAAAUAAAAGUUUUUUGGGUUUAGUAUUCUUAACACAAGUAAACACAAAAUGCUGUUUGAAAACGAAGAUGUUUAUUAUAAAGAGGGGAAAAAAUUCAGACCAUCAUGGCCAUGCGUGAAAAAGUGAUUGCCCCCUAAACCUAAUGACUGGUUGGGCCACUCUUAGCAGCAACAACUGCAAUCAAGCAUUUGUCAUAGCUGGCAGUGAGUGUUUUUCAGCGCUGUGCAUUUUGAGCCACUCAUCUUUGUAGAGUUAUGGUCAUACAGCCACUUUAGAAGGUUUUCGAGCAUUAACCGCAUUUUUAAGGUCAUGCCACAGCAUCUCAGUUGGAUUCAGGUCAGGACUUUGACUAGGCCACAAGUCAAAGUUUUCAUUUUGAUUUUCAUAAGCCAUUCAGAGGUGAACUUGCUGGUGUGUUUUGAAUCAAUGUCCUGCUGCAGAACUCAAGUGCGCUUCAGUUUGAGGUCAGGAACAGACAGCUGGACACUCUCCAUCAGGGUGUUUUGGUAGACAGCAGAAUUUAUGGUUGCAUUUACCACAGCAAGUCUUCCAGGUGCUGAGGCAGCAAAACAGCUGCAGAACAUCACACUGACACCACCAUAUUUUACUGUUGGUAUGAUGUUCGUUUUAUACCAGAUGUAAUGGGACACAAACCUUCCAAAAAGUUACAAUUUUGUCUUCCACAGAGUAUUUUCCCAAACAUCUGAAGGGAUAAUCAAGAUGUUUUCUAGCAAAACUGAGAUGAGCCUUUAUCUUCCUUCAGCGUUGGAAAUCUGCCCAGUCUCUUUCUCAUAGUGGAGUCAUGAACACUGACUAUAACUGAGGCAAGUGAGGCCUGCAAUCCUUCAAAUGUUGAUCUGGGGUCUUUUGUGACCUCUUGGAUGAGUCGUUGCUGUGCUCUCAGUGUAAUUUUGGUCGGCCUGCCACUCCUGGGAGGCUCUGACUGUGGUUUGCUGGAGUCUCACAGCUUUAAAAAUGACUUUACAACCCUUUCAGACUGAGAGAUCGCAGUUACUUUGUUUCUCAUUUGUUCGCAAAUUUCCUUGAAUCACAGCAUGGCGUCUGGCUUUUGAGAAUCUUGAAGUCUACUUCAUUUCGUCAGGCAGGUCCUAUUUAAGCAAUUUCUUGUUUAAGAGAAGGUGUGGCAGGUGUGGCAGGAUGUGGCUAUAGAAAUUGAACAUAACUUUCCAAAGAUGUGAUACAUACCACUUCAUUUAGAAACUACAUUUUGGGUUUACUUGUGUUGUCUUUGUCUAAUAUUUAAAUGUGUUUGAUGAUCUGAUACAUUUAAGGGUGACAAACAUACAAAAAAAAGGAAAUCAGGAAGGGGGCAAACACUUUUUUUCACACGACUGUAUAUUUAAAUUUAAUGCAUUUAAUGUAACAUCUUAAUCUGAAAAGUAAAAACCAAAUGUACUGAA